CCCCCCCUCUCUCUCUCUCUCGCUCACUUACUGUUUCUCCCCCUCUCUCUCGCUCGCACUCUCUCUCACAUGCGCGCUCUCUCUGUCUCUCGCUCUCUUGCACUCUCUCUCUCUCUGUCUUUCUCUCUCUCUCUCCGGCUGGACCGUAUGCACCUCUGUCCCUGGGAACCGGCUCGCUCGCUCGCUCGCUCGCUCAUGGCUUGCUACUACAUCGUCAUCAGCUCCGCGCACCUCAGCAACGGUCACUUUCGGAACGUCAAGGGAGUUUUCCGCGGCCCCCUGGGAAAGAACGGGAACAGGAACUUGGAUUAUGCAGAGACACAGAAGACCGUGGUCAAAGCAACCAACUUCUACUGUGAGCUGUGUGACAAGCAAUACUACAAGCAUCAGCAGUAUGACAACCACAUCAACUCAUACGACCACGCCCACAAACAGAGGUUAAAAGACCUGAAACAGCGGGAAUUUGCGAGGAACGUUGCAUCCAAAUCCUGGAAGGAUGAGAGGAAGCAGGAGAGAGCUCUUCGCCGUUUACACCACCUGGCAGAACAGCGCAGGGAGAUUCGAUGCGCCCCAGGCAGUGGACCCAUGUUCAAAUCCACCACGGUCGCAGUCGAAUGCAGUUUACGGGAAACGGGCCACGGAGGGAACACAGACAGGACCCGCCCCGCCGCGCCACUGGACACGGCUGCCCAGGAUGAUAUCCCCAGUGCCCGUAUGCCAGCCAAAAGCAGGCAGGCUUCGUGCCAUACCAGCAGGGCCAAAAACCAAGCGUACCGAGAGAAAAUAGCCUUCUCCUUUUCCAUUCGGAAGAGGGCGUGCUUUAAGUUGGAGUCCUCAGCAGCCGUGUUCUCUGAGAGUUCGGAAGACAGACCCGCUGGGCUGUUCUGUGGACAGAGACUUAGAGAAGCACCUGCCAAGGCCAGUUUACCCAGUCUAAACAGUCCAACUAGUUCACCCACUCCAACCAGUUUACCCAUUCCAACCAGUCCAAUCAGUUUACCCAGUCCAACCAGUUUACCAAGCUCUGUUUACAGAGAGAAUGUUUGCAGCUCUGACUCCCAGCCAGAGAAACCCACCCAUGACAGGCUCAGUGCACAGAGUCAGGGGUCACCUGAGAGCCUAAGUGCACAGGGUCAGGGGUCACCUGAGAGCCUCAGUGCACAGGGUCAGGGGUCACCUGAGAACCUCAGUGCACAGGGUCAGGGGUCACCUGAGAGCCUCAGUGCACAGGGUCAGGGGUCACCUGAGAACCUCAGUGCACAGGGGUCACCUGAUGGCAUGGUGAGCAGCGACAUUUCAGUGGCGGUUACUGACCUGCGUGCUCUGCUAAUUUAUUCUGAGGAUGUGCUCGUCCCCUGUAUCUCCAAAUUACCCAGCUUUCCUUUCCACCUAAAGAGCACAAGUUUGCUUUUAGAUAUGGAAGAGUCACUGGAGCGUUUGAAAAGAGGUGCACUGGGAACGGCAGACCAGGUGGGAAGUACCUGCCCCGAAAUGCUCAGAAGUUCCACAGAUGGGGAUGGGGACUUAGCGGGUGGUACUGAUGUUCCCUCAGGAGUAGACUCCGCACAGUCAGUGGGAAAAGGGGAAAGCUUAGCGGUAAAUGUCCGUCGUGAGUUCAGGAAGCCCAGCCAUGCUUUCUGCUCUGUCCUGAGUAAAGAUGGCGGUACUGUUCUCCAGUGGCCUGUGGAGAUGCUGGCAUACACCAGGACACAGCCCGCGCUGUCGUACAGCUGCAACCCUCUCCAUUUCGACUUCAGAGCUGUGCGCAGUCCAGCAGGGACGGGGGACCAUGGGGGUGGAGUGAGAGAGGCACGGCUCGUACCCACUACUACCGAUACAGGUGUGGAACACCCAAGCCAGGAAGAGACUUUACACCCUAAUAAGCACAGAGACCACGCCUCCCACAGCCAGGGAGAGCUUCUGAGAGCUCCUGUAUGGAACAUUCCAGACUGGGAAAAUUCUCAGAGCCACCAGAAUCCAGGUGAGCAGAUGGAGGGGCACGAUGGCUACAUCACAAAAAGCUUUCUCAGAGUGAACAGGAAGAGGAAGUGUGGGGAGGACUGGAAAGAAGGCACCACCAGCAAGAGAGGUGUGGAGAAACUGGGGGGCAGAGAAAGGAGAGACCAUAAAAGGCACAAAAAGAGGAGGAGGAGGAGGAGGAGAAGGACGGACAAGAAUACAGCCAGGAGAGACGAGAGCAAUGCUGAGGAACCCGAUACGCUGCUGAAACAGGUAGAGUGCUGGGAGCCAGUCCUCCUGCAUUUUAGAGGCAACACCUCUCUCCAAAAUCAGUAUGACAGCAGCAGCAUAACUCCUGAAAAUCAGAGUGAGACCAGCACAACUAAUGAUGAUCAACAUGAGAACAGCAGAACUGCUGAAGAUCAGCAUAAGAACAGCAGAACUCCUGAAGAUCAGCAUGAGAACAGCACAUCUCCUGAAGAUCAGCAUGAGAACAUCAGCAGAACUCCUGAAGAUCAGCCUGAGAACAUCAGCAGAACUCCUGAAGAUCAGCAUAAGAACAGCAGCAGAACUCCUGAAGAUCAGCAUGAGAGCAGCAGAACUCCGGAAGAUCAGCUUGAGAGCAGCUGUGAUGCAUGGAGCUGGAGGCGGGAAGCAGAUGGCUGCAGCAGGGGUGAAGCAGAGUUGGGUGCAGCGGUGGGGGGCUGUGAGGGGAAUCUGCACCACCCAUCACAGGAACAGCCGCUGGUCACAGGGUGUGGCUCUAAUGACUGUGCUGGGCUUGACACAGAGAUAUCCUGCACCACCGACACAUGGCACUACAGCCAGAUCUCACACCAACGCUGCUCCACAAAGAGACAGCGGGGAUCUCAGAGCGUGGAGGAGGAGGAGUGUGUCCUUCAUCAGGAGAGGUGCUCAAACUGUAGUUCAGGUAGGCCAGGUAAGUCAGCCAAUAGAAACUGCAUUCAGGGCAGUGUGAGAGGCUGCUGUGAACUGAAGAGCAGGGGGAAAAGAUUGAGACUCUGUCAGGACUCUGAGAAGGUGUUGGACCCUGAGGAACGUUCUGGAAAUUUACUAGUAAAUAGAGGUUCUGUGUUGCCUGAACAGGAAGUGGGUGAGACUCCAGUCUGUGAACACAGAAACAAAAGACUGAAAGGUCCUGAAGAAGUCACACGGCAGAACUCGAGCCACACGGGUGCAAGCCGUGAGAGAUCACUUCUGCUUGACGCACAACGUUUGAGCAGCCAAUCAGAGUGUGCGUGUCAGGAGGGGAGGCGGAGCCCAGAGAGCUCAGAGACGGCCAAUGCUGGGAGGUAUUUCCCCCCUGCCAAUCCUGCGACGGGGCGUCCCCCCUCCAGCCCUGAGAAACGCAGGCUUGUGCUGCACCCACAGGCCUUCCCCAGGAUCUCCCCCUCAGGGCCUCCCCCCCUGCGGUAUCCCACACGCCCCCCCACGCCCAUAUCGCCCGCCUCCAUCACCAUCCACCACAGAGUACUAGAGCCCCCUCCUCUGCUCCUCCCCCACAGCUUGCCCCUCACCCGUUUGCCCCUCGGGACGGAUAUGUGCCCCUGUCUGUUCUUUUCCCCCGCCAGCCUGCAGCCUUUCAGUGUCUCCUUCCACCCGCUGCCCCUCCCGAUGCCCCGCCCACUGCCCCGCCCAGUGAUGAUUUCAGCCCUCCAGCCUGUCGUUCCACUGCAGCCUCUGCUAUAAGAACACUGUCACAUGACUCAAACAAACUUUUUGCAUGCUACAACAUAUUAAAUGAUUUUUUUUUUUUUAAGUGUUUUCGGUGCAAGACUAAAAGAAUGAGGAGAGCUUCAUUUUUGUUUCUCUCGAGAGAGCCUCUGUUUAAUUGUUCGGCUUCUGUCAGAACUGAAAUCUGCCCGAGUAGCUUUUUUUUUUUCUCAUUUAACGUGAGCAGUCCUGCACAGACCAUUUAACACAGGUUAAUGGAGGCUGCAGUCUAUGUGUAUUUAUGAAGGGUUGAGUGUUGCAGUAUUUCACUGCUAAGACAGUGAAAGCGGCAUUGUAGCUUUCAUUAAUGCACACUAUAUGCAGAAUUAAAUACAACAUGAAAAAACAGGCUCAACUUGCAUGGCCUACAGCUAAUUAAUGAAGAACGUGGCUGACAAAUGGUUCAAGAUUCAUGGACUUUUUACAAGAGAGUGUAGGCGUAUGUAUCAUUAAACCCUUUGAACAUGGUGUGUCUUCGUCAGAGUUUGCCUGUUAAGACUACAAAAACAAAAGCACUUGCCAAUGUGAAACAACCACAAAAAAGCAGAGUUUGUGACAACAGUCAUGAGGAUACAGAUUAAAUCAUAUAUUUUUCAUAAAGAAUAUAACAAACAUGAUUAUGGGUUGCAAAAUUAAAAUAUUAUAAUGUCAUUAUGAUCUAAUGAACAGUUAUCUACAGUAAUAUAUCACCAUUGCUAUCAUCAGAGUAGAACCAGGUGGCCACAUUAUUUAAUAUUCACUAUGCAAUGCUCUGCCUAUUUCAUAUACUGUACAUAGAAAGAUGUUAAUGUUGUACAUUACGAUUUAUCUAAUACACUUGUAAGAUUUAUUCAUGUUUUCAAGUUCAUGUUUUUUUUUUUACGUGUAAUGCACUCUGUAUGUGUUGUUUACACAAACGGAUCCAAUGAUGUUUUAUAGCACAAUUUCACUAUGAUAAAACUAAUAAAG